AUGCUCAAGGCCAAGAAGCAUACGAUCGCGGACUCUAAUGUUGAGGAUAUCGGCAGCUCGAUUGACAAGGCUCAACGCAUGAUGGCUGCCAAGACGGAGAAGGAGUGGGAGAAUCUCAUCCCCGUCUCCAGGCUGGCAGCAAACCUGGCCUUGAGAUCUGGAGGGUCGAGAACAGAAAACGACAACCCUGACUUCGGAAUCAAGAGAGUGCCUGCAGAAGAUUACAGGAAGUUCUACAGAGGCGACUCAUACAUCUUGCUCUACACGUACACAGACUCCGAGACGGACUCUCUUCGCUGGAACGUGCACUAUUGGAUUGGAUCGGAGAGCACGGCAGACGAGUACGGGGUCCAGGUAGCCGCGUACAAGACUGUCGAGCUAGACGACCUGCUGGGCGGAGCUCCAGUGCAGUAUCGGGAGAUGGAAGGCUACGAGUCUGAUCUUUUCCUGAGCUACUUUGGCUCCGGUGGUGUCUGCCCUGGUAGCAUUCAGAUCCUUGAGGGCGGGCAUGCCAGCGGCUUUCGCAAGGUGGAGCAGCAGGAAUUCAGCCCGCGGCUGUUCUGGGUGAGGAGGGAAGCUGGAGUCAUGCUGUGCUCGGAGGUGGCGAUGGGGCUGGACAGUUUAAACCGCGGGGACUGCUUCCUCCUCGACAGCGGGAGCAAGGUGUUCAUCUACCGCGGCGACGAGUCGGAUCCCUUUGAGAAGAACAAGGCGGCGACUGUAGCCAAGGAGAUGGAGGGCGAGAGGAACGGGCGCUGCAAGUGUGUAGAUGCGGAGGAUGAGCCCGAGUUCUGGCAGAUGCUGGGAGGUGAGAUCGGCUGCUCAGUCAAGGGGCCCGUGGAGCACGCGAAGCGAGACACGGAGAGCUGCCGGGUGGUGGAGCUGUACAGCAUGGAGGACGAUUCACUAGAGUUCGUCAAGGUCGCUGAUGGCCUCCUCCGCCCAGAUCAGCUCGCCGACGAUGACGUCAUGCUGGUAAACUGCGGAACUAAGAUCUUCGUGUCCGUCGGCUCCGCAGCUCCGCAGCAGGAGAAGGCAUGCUGCAUGCUCAAAGCGCAGGCUUUCAUCGCCAGCAAGGGGCUGCCUCCCUUCACCCCAAUCAUGCGCGUCCUCAAGGGACAAGAUGUGCGCUGCAAGUACAACCCUCUUUCUGCUUGA